UGGUGGGAAUUUUUUUAGUGGGAAGCUGUCAUUUAAUUUGCAAACAAGUAAAUUUUCUCUGCGAAAAAAGGUGAAAAAGGCGUUUUUUGCCCAAUUUUCUCGCAUUCCUUGAGUUCCUCGGUGCAUUCACAUCCUUUUACCUAAUCCUACGGACAUCACAGACAAUGGGAAAAAGGAAAACUCACACGUUGAUUGAUUCAGAGACGGAUGACGAUGGAUCUGAUUUGGAUUCGGAAUUCCUUUCAUUGGCAAAGAAGAAGAAAAAACCCGAUAGAUUGGCAUCAGCGAGUCCCCAGCAGAAUAGUUCGGGAUCCGAUUCAGAUUGGGGUAGUGGGAAGAAUGGGCAAACACGCCGGAAGAAGCGAACAAAGAAGAUGUCAAAGAGUUCCUCGGAAUCCGGGGAGGCGAGUGAUUCAGACACCGAUGGGGAUGCAGAGAGGACAGCCCCGCAGCAUCAGGAGCCACCAAUGGGUGGUGGGUCGCAAGAUGACGAUGAGGAGGAUGAAAAGUCCGAAUUGGAAGAGGGGCAGGUGUCAACGGACUCCGAAAGUAGUUCAGCAUCGGAAUUCAAUGAUGGUUACGAUGAUAAUUUAAUGGGAGAUGAGGAGGAUAGGGCACGCCUUGAGGCGUUGUCCGAGAAGGAGCGAGAAACGGAGAUUUUCAAGCGAAUUGAACGUCGUGAUGUGAUGAAGACACGCUGGGAGAUUGAGAAGAAACUGCGGCAGGCAAAGAAGGCGGAACGGGCUAAAGAUCGCAAAACAGAGAAGAAGCCCAAGAAGAAGAAGGAAAAGCCAACAAUUGAGCGUCUACCACCACCAAAACCCAUUGCUCAUCCCCCGCAAAUUGCAUCACCGUCGCCUGAGAAGAGACCCGAGGAAUCCCCGGGGUCGGCUCCGGAAUACUUUGACCCGAAGGAACGUUCCAAGGAGCGCAAAAAGAAUGUCGAGGCGAAUAAGACUGAUGACAAGCGUAGCAAUGCCAUGGCGCUGCUGAAGGCACGUCGUGAGGGGAAGCAGAAGCGCGAAGAGGAGGAAGCCAAGAGGCAAGCUGAACGUGAACGGGAAGAGGAUAAGGAGGAGCUGGAUGGCGUAGCGGGGGGGAAAUCCUCAUCGUCCGUGAAGUUAAAAGCCUCGGACAUCUACAGCGAUGAUUCCGGCAGUGAGAGCGAUGAGAAGCGCUCAGGGAGACGCUCCUCGGAGACACGGAGCUCCGAAUCGGAAUCCGAAGAUGAGCAAAAGGGCUCCUCGUCCGUCCCCAAGAGGCCACAGUACAUCACAAAUCGCGAUGAACUCAACAAAAUUCGUCUGUCGCGCCACAAAAUGGAACGUUUCGUCCAUUUGCCCAUCUUUGAGCGUGUUGUGACAAAUUGUUUCGUGCGCAUCAGCAUUGGGAAUCACAAUGGGAAGCCCGUGUACCGUGUGGCGGAGAUUGUGGGCAUCGUGGAGACGGCAAAAGUCUACCAAUUGGGCAAGAGUCGCACCAAUAAGGGCAUGCGGCUGCGUCAUGGCACACAGGAGCGUGUCUUCCGGUUGGAAUUUAUCUCAAAUCAAGACUUUUCCGAGUCUGAAUUUCAAAAGUGGCGCGAUGUGUGCGCCUGCAGUGACACAGAGCUGCCCACGCUUGAGCUGCAGCAGCAGAAGGUGAAGGAUAUUAAAGAGGCAAUGGCGUAUGAGUACAAGGAGGAGGAUAUUGAGAAGAUAAUUGAGGAGAAAAAUCGUUUCCGGGCCUUCCCAACAAACUACGCUGUGCGAAAGACGCUCCUUAUGAAGCAACGGGAAGAGGCUCAGGGACGCGGGGAUGAUGGUCUCGUGCGUGAGCUAAAUGCACAAAUCCGGGAACUCGAUGAGCGUGCCAAUGAAUUGGAUAAGAAGCGCUCGAGUAGUCUCAGUUCCAUCUCCUACAUCAACAACAGGAAUCGCAAGAGGAAUGUGGAGGAAGCUGAAAAGGCCAUCAUGGAGGAGGUUCGUGCAAAUAAGGGUAUAAAAAUUGAUGAUCCCUUCACGAGACGCUCAACAAAGCCACGAAUGGCUUUCAAGGCCGGUGAACAUGUUGAGGAGGAAUUAGCACCAAUGGUACCGGCUCCACCUCCGCCGGGACGGAAGAAAGUCGAUGAGACGGAGAAGAAGAUGAAUGGACCGAGUGCAGAGAACAAUCUCUAUUCCCUCCAUGAUUUUGAGAUUGAUUUAAAUGUUGACAUGCCAGUGGCGACGACAAAUGUAAUGCCGAAACCAGUGGUGAAGCCCGAAGAGACAGGCCCCAAGAGUAAGAGAUCACUCAAUUUGGAGGAUUACAAGAAGAAGAGGGGCCUAAUAUAAAAAAUAAAAAAUAAGUUAAUCCACAUUUUCGUUCACUCAAUGUUAAAAGGAGCGAAUUUUAUUGUGCGAAGGAUUAAUUUUUUUCGCUUUCCCAAACUUAAUUUAAAAUAAAAUUGCAGAUUAAGGUUUA